AUGUCGGUGGGUAUCGUUCAAAAUUCGUUCGAUUUCAUGUUUACCGACGUAAUUCCAGUUGCAAACUGUUGUUAUCUGGAACAAGAAAUGGAUUCAGAGUCGAUUCCUGCUUCAGGAUCUGUUGAUAAGAACCGUGUUUUGACCAUAAAACCAUUGAGAUACCUUGUCCCGAUGUUUCCUCCUUCCUCAGGUUCAUCUUCAUUUUCAUCUCCACAGUCAGCUCCAUUUGUUUGUGCUCCACCAACUGGUCCAUUUCCUCCUGGCCUUUCUCCUUUUUAUCCUCACCAAAUCCCUUAUGGAGUUGACAACACAAUUCAAUCUCCUGCCCCUCUAAAUGCAAUCAGAAACCCUACACCAAUCUCACGGUCUGCAAAUGGACAUGCCAGCAAGGGUUCAAGAAGAAAAUCUAUGACCCGGGUUACAGUUAGUGAAGAAGAUGGGUACAGUGAUUCACAUGAUCAAACUGAUUUAGGAAACAGCAGUAGAAAAAGGAAGGUAGGUAGGCCAAGAGGGAGUAAAAAGAAAACGGGUAGUUCUCGUUUAGUUAAGAAGCCUUCGCCAGAAGUAGACAUCGAAACCCUAGCUAAUAAUUUCUUAUCGUCGUUCAAUCUCUCGGGAUUCACUUCAACAAGACGAGAUGAGGGAGAUCGUGACUGUGUCAGUUAUGUCCUUACUAUUUACGAUUUACUUAGAAGGAAGAUUCCUCAACAUGACGACACAAAGGAUGUUUCUCGAAGGCCCGACCUCAAAGCAGGAGCAACAUUAAUGACGAAAGGGAUUCGAACGAAUGCCAAGAAACGGGUUGGAUCCGUACCUGGUGUUGAAAUUGGCGAUAUCUUCUUUUUCAGAAUGGAAUUGUGCGUCGUUGGAUUGCAUUCGCCUUCUAUGGCUGGGAUUGAUUACUUAAACCUCAAGGCUUCGCCUGACGAAGAUAUUGUCGCUGUUAGCAUAGUUUCGUCAGGAGGGUACGAAGAUAAUGACGAGGAUGGAGAUGUUUUGAUUUAUAGCAGCCAAGGAGGGAAUAUAAACAAGAACGAUAAAGAUUCGAGCGAUCAGAAGCUCGAAAGGGGUAAUAUUGCAUUGGAGAAUAGCUUGCACAAGGGAAAUGAGGUAAGAGUGAUUAGGGGUUUGAAGGAUUUGGUUAAUCCAACUGGGAAGGUUUAUGUUUACGAUGGAUUGUACACGAUUAAAGAAUCAUGGAUCGAUAAAGGGAAACUAGGUCAUAAUGUAUCCAAGUAUAAACUAGUAAGAAUAAAAAACCAGCCCGAAGCUUUUAAAUUGUGGAAGUCAAUUCAGCUAUGGAAUGAUAAUAUUUCUGCGAGAAAUGGGGUUAUACUGCCAGAUUUAACUUCAGGUGCUGAAAAUUUCCCUGUUUCGCUUUUCAAUAAUGUCGACAACGAGAAAGGGCCAGCUUACUUCAUGUAUUUCCCUAGUUUAAAGUAUGGAAAACCGUUCAGUUCAUCUCAACCAUCUCAAAGCUGUAAUUGCAGAGGGGGUUGUCAGCCUGGUGAUGAUAAUUGUCAUUGUUUCCAAAAAAACGAGCGAAAUCUUCCUUAUUCUUCAUUAGGAGUUGUUCUUAGUAUUAACUCAAUGAUAUAUGAGUGUGGGCCUUCUUGUUUAUGCCCUCUUAAUUGUCACAAUAGAAUAUCUCAGGCGGGGCUUAAACUUCGAUUGGAGGUUUUUCGGACGAACGAUAGGGGUUGGGGUCUUAGGUCAUGGGAUCCAAUUCGAGCUGGAGCAUUUAUUUGCGAGUAUGCAGGAGAAGUCGUUGAUGAAUCUGAAUCUAGCAUAAUCGAUCAGGAUGAUUAUUUGUUUGAUGCGAAUCGUUUCUACGAGCCUCCAGAAUUUAUGCGGGGGAUUCCCAAUGGGUGUUCGAAAAUUCCAUUUCCGCUCCUAAUCAGUUCGAAGAAUGUUGGGAAUGUUGCUCGGUUUAUGAAUCAUGGAUGUGAUCCGAAUGUUUAUUGGCAACCUGUUUUACGCGAGAAAGGUAAUGAAUGUUAUCUCCAUGUGGCAUUUUUCGCAAUAGGGCAUGUUCCUCCUUUGAAAGAAUUGACGUUUAACUAUGGAUCGGCUCCGUCUGGGAAAGAUGAACUGAUGAAGAAGAAAUGUCUAUGUGGAUCUUCGAAAUGCAGAGGAUAUUACUAUUGAUGACCAACUUAUCAAAUAUGAAGUGCCUCUAAAGGGCUGCAGAAGGAAAGCAAUUGCGGUUUCAAAUGGUUUGCUUGGAAAAGAGGGGAUUUACAUAUCAAAUGCAAGAUUAAGACUGUGUAGUUAGCUAACUAAUAAUAAGAAUAAUGCCAGUUUAUUUGCUGUGUGUUAUUUUGUGACUUUGUAACUCCAUGAAAUGUACUUAAAAAUGGUUUGUUUGUCUCUUC